AUGUCCAAGGAAGAGGCUGUCGAGCACCAUGAGAGCUCCAAGGUCACGACCGCGCACAGCAAGGCCGGCAUCACACUGAUCCCAGCACCAUCCGAUGACCCUCGCGAUCCACUGAACUGGUCACAAGGCCGGAAACUUCUCACGCUGUUUAUCGUGUCCUUUGCCGGGUUCACAGGAACGCUGCAGGCCGUGGGUAACGUGUCCAGUGUCUUCCAGCAAGGUGCACUGUACCACAAGACGCCGGUCGAGAUUACAUACUCGGUCUCGGCCGCCACUGCUGGAUUGUGCGCCGGGCCUCUGUUCUGGUCGCCCGUCUCGAGGAGGAUCGGUCGCGGCGGCAGCAUCUUGUGGGCGACGGUCCUCACCCUCGCCUGCACCGUGUGGGCGGCGACGUGCACGGGUUCGGGCGAUUACUACAGUUUCGUGCUGUCGAGGUUGUUUGGCUGUUUGGCGGGAUCCUGCGCGACGACUGUGGGCGCGAGUUACAUCACCGACACGUUCUUCCUGCAUCAGCGAGGGAAAUGCUUCGCUUUCUACAACGUCAUGAUCCUCCUAGGAACCCUUGCAGGCCCGACAUUCUCCGGCUUCGUGGUGGGCAACGGCGCCCCCUGGAGCAUCGAAUACUGGUAUAACGUCGGGCUGGAAGGCUUCGUCAUCCUGAUGAUCUUGUUCCUCCUCGAAGAAACCGGCUGGACGAGACCUGGACGGCCAGCGUAUCCCGUUCCUGCGACGUCUUUCUUCCAGCGUUCCUCGUCUCUUUCAAUCGUGGACGAUUGCGGUAUACUGAUGUGUGUAUACGUAUACCUCCAUCUGGCGACCAUGCCGAUCCGGAUCGGUGUCCAUCCUGUUGGCAUCCUGGGCGGGUUGUUCUUGAUGAUUGUUUUUGGCUGGAGCGUCGGUGUCAAUAACCUGCUCGCCGUCUUCUUACAGUCGCCCGUGAGCGAAAAGGGCUAUGGCUUCACGCCGAACCAGAACGCUGAAUUCACCUUUGCAGCCUGGUUCGGCUGUAUCACGGGCCAACUCUACGGGCUCGCCUUCAACGACCGACUCCCUCUCUGGAUCUGCCGCCGGACCGGGGGCGUGUGGAAACCCGAGUUCCGGCUGCACGCUUUGUGGUUCCCGACGUUCCUCUGCCUGAACGUCGGGCUGGGCCUCUUCGGCGCCGCCCUGCAGUACCACCUGCACUACAUGGUCGCCGCGGUGGGGAAUUUCCUGCUGAACUUCUCCUCCAACGUGGCCGUGCCCGUGAUUGUCAACUACGAAGUCGAGUGCUUCACAAAGUAUCCCGUCGAGGCCGCCACCAUCAUGAACUUCUACCGCACGAUCUUUGGGAUUGCCAUCCCCUUCUUCAUCGACGGCUGGGAGGCCCGCGUCGGCGUCGGCUGGGUCUUUGGCAUGAUGGCCUUUGUCUCCGUUGCGGCGUUUGGGCUGAUCAUCGUCCUCAUGGUCGCGGGACAUCGCGUCCGGCACUGGUUCCACACGGAUAUCCUGUCGAGUGAGGAGGGGACGAAGAUUAUUGGCGAAGAGGUCAAUCGUCUGGACGUGGAGGCUCAUUGA